CCCCCGUCCAAUUGCACUCAGGCAUGAAUGACUCAGAAGAGCUCCCAUCUCUCUCAGCCGGAUAAAGUUGAACUGACGAUAUAUGAUCACUCCAUAGGGCCGAUAUUCUCCCCGUCAACCUUCAAUUCCGCCACAUCACCACCGCCUCUCUCUCCAAAAUGUCAGGUCGACCAGACCCCGCACGGGACCCGAUUCCCACGGCCUCGAACGUAGUCAUGAUUGACAAUUACGACUCGUUCACGUGGAAUGUCUACCAGUACCUGACGCUUGAGGGUGCCAACGUUACGGUCAUCCGUAACGACAAGCUCGAGCUCGAGGAACUGAUCGCGUUCGAGCCGACACAACUCAUUGUGAGUCCUGGCCCGGGACAUCCGCAGACCGACUCUGGAAUCAGCAUUCCCGCCAUUGAAUACUUUUCCGGGAAGAUCCCAAUACUAGGUGUCUGCAUGGGCGAACAAUGCAUCUUCAGCGCCUUCGGUGGAACGGUUGAGUACGCCGGUGAGAUCGUCCACGGAAAGACCUCCCACAUCAAGCACGACGGAAAGGGUAUCUACGAUAAGGUUUCCCAGGACAUCGCGGUUACCAGGUAUCAUUCCCUGGCUGGUACCCAAACCACGCUCCCCGCGGUGCUCGAGGUCACUUCUUGGACGGAUUCGGGCGUCAUAAUGGGAGUGCGCCACAAGGAGUACACGAUCGAGGGUGUACAGUACCAUCCUGAGAGUAUUCUGACCGAGGAGGGCCGCAUGCUCUUCCGUAACUUCUUGAUGAUGCAGGGUGGAACGUGGAUCGAGAAUGAUGCACUCCGGAAGAUUGCAGCUACACCAGUGGCUACCUCUGAGAAGUCUGAGAAGGAAACGAAGGAGCCUACAUCGAUUCUUGACAAGAUCUACGCGCACCGCCGCGCCGCUGUUGAGGCACAGAAGAAGCUCCCCUCGCAGCGACCAUCGGAUCUCGAGACGCUCCAUAGUCUGUCGCUCUCACCACCGCUCAUCAAUUUCCCUGCACGGCUACGGUCGGUGUCGACAAAGUGCGCCAUCAUGGCCGAGAUUAAACGAGCUUCUCCGUCGAAGGGCGAAAUCGACAUUGAGGCGUCUGCCGCGGUUCAGGCCCGAACAUAUGCCCUAGCCGGUGCUGCCGCGAUCUCGGUUCUUACAGAGCCGGAGUGGUUCAAAGGUUCUAUUGACGAUUUGCGGGCUGCCCGUCAGGCCGUUGAGGGAAUGCCCAACCGCCCUGCCAUCCUGCGGAAGGAGUUCAUCUUCGAUGAAUACCAGAUUCUCGAGGCGCGACUUGCUGGCGCAGACACUGUCCUGCUGAUCGUGAAGAUGCUGGAUGAUGAACUGCUCAAGCGCCUGUACGACUACUCGAAAUCAUUAGGAAUGGAGCCGCUGGUCGAAGUCAACAGCCGGGAGGAGAUGACGAGGGCGUUGAAGAUAGGUUCAACGGUUAUCGGAGUCAAUAACCGGGAUCUACACUCAUUCAAGGUCGACCUGGAGACUACCAGCGGACUGGUGGACAUGAUCGAUGCAAGCAAAGUCACGCUCUGUGCGCUCUCUGGUAUCUCGUCGCGAGCAGACGUGGAACAGUACGAAAAGGGCAACGUGGGAGCGGUGCUGGUUGGAGAGGCCCUGAUGCGCGCCGGCAAAGGCGUCACAUCGUUCAUCGCGGAGCUACUCGGCACAUCUGCACCCGAGCCGAGCAGACCUGAAGUGCUUGUCAAGAUCUGCGGCACCCGAACAGUGGAAGCUGCCUCGGUCGCCGUCGAGACGGGCGCCGACAUGGUGGGCAUCAUCCUCGUUGAGGGCGCCAAGCGCAACGUCGACGUCGCCACGCAAAAGGCCAUUUCCGAAGUCGUGCACUCGACGGUGAAGGGCGGCGUGGAAACUGCAGAAGACAUCAAGGUCUCGGACCACCACUUCUCGGCCGAAGACUGGUUCGAGCACUCGCGGUCACACAUCAUCAAGCACCCGACCCGCGCCCUCCUUGUCGGCGUAUUCAUGAACCAGACACUGGAAUACGUCCUGUGCAAGACGCGCGAGCUCGACCUCGACAUCGUCCAGCUGCACGGCGACGAGCCCCUCGAGUGGGCGCGCAUCAUUCCCGUCCCCGUCAUCAAGCGCUUCGUUCCCGGCCAGGAGGGCCUCGGCAAGCGUGGCUACCACGCCAUGGCGCUGCUCGACCCCGGCGCCGGAACCGGCCAACGCCUCGAUGCCGAGAGCGUGCAGCAGGUGCUCAAGAGCGGCGUUCCGGUCAUCCUCGCCGGCGGCCUCGACUACAAGAACGUCGGAGACCUGGUCAAGCUCAAAGAGGACGGGCUCGUCGGCGUCGAUGUCAGCUCCGGCGUCGAGACCGAGGGCAGACAGGAUUUAAUGAAGAUUCGAAAGUUUGUCUACCAGGCGAAGGGAAGGAACGGCGGGGAUUAGUAGUUCUAUCGUAUGUGCCUGGGAACUUGCUUGCUUGGUAUACUUUGUUACUUUGUUACUUUGUUACUAGUGGUCGGUUGUGGGAGAAUUGAUAUCAGCUUGAGGUUUUGUUGCGGCAUAGGAUUUCCAUGUAUCUAGAUGACGGCGUCAUCGCCGAACACUGUGAUUCUGUGCUUGUGUGCAACUAAUAAAAGUGCGGGGGAAACCCUCUCCUUAUAUGUA